AUGGGGGUUGGUGGUUGGGGGUUGGGGGGUGUGAAAUGGGUGGUUGAGGUGGGGGUUAUGGGUGGGGGGUGGGUGGGGUUGGUAGUGUUUUUUGGGGGGGUGGUUGGGUGGGGGGGUUGGGGUGUGGGGGGGGGGGGGGGGGGUGGUGGGGGGUGUGGGGGUGGGGGUGUGUUUUGGGGGGGGGGGGUUGGGGAUUGUGGAUUUUUGGUUGUUGUGGGUUUGGUGGUGAGUUUUGUUGGAGAGAUGUUUGUGGUUAUUGGGGGUGAUAAGUGGGGGGGGGUGGUGGGUUGGGUGGUUGGGGAUGGGGGGUUGGUUGGGGUGGAUGAGGGGGGGUUUAGGGGGGGGUGUUUGGGUUAUGUUGGGGUGGUGAUUGGGGUAUGUGUAUUGGGUGGGUUGGGUGGAUUUGGGGGUGGAGGGGUGGGAUUGGGGUUUUUUUUGUUUUGUUAUUUUGGGGAUAGUGAUGUUGUUGUUGGAGAUGGGAAGGGGUUGGGGGGGGGGAUGGGGAAGAAUGGUGGGUGGGUGGGUGGGGUAGGAGGGGUUUGGGGGUGGGGCGGUUGGAUUAUUUGUGUGAUUGAGGAGGUGUGUUGUGAGAAGGAAGAGGGGGGGAAAUGA